CCGUUACUGGCCGCGCGCACAGACUUUACUUUCGAUUUCGACUUCCUACUGUGUGGACUUAUUUUGAACGAAACUGGGUCCAAACGACGAUGUAACAUACCUGCUGAAAACUCGUCUCCAGACAGCACACAAAAUGGAUUUCCAGAGGUGCCUCUUAAAUGUAGGGAAUGCCCUGUGUGAGGACGAGGUAAAAGCUUUAGCAUUUCUUUGCACUGACCUCCUGGGCCGAAACCCAACCAUAGUGGAGUCGGCCAGUGACCUCUUCUUACGUCUGGCGUAUCAAGACCACCUCUCUGCUGAGCGACCACACCUGCUGACUGAGCUUCUCCUCAUCAUCCAACGCACCCGCCUGAUCCGGGAACUGGAGCUCCCCGAGCUAUCAGCUACAACCAGGAGCCUCAUCUCUCCUUACAGGAAGCUGCUUUACGACCUGUCUGAGGGGAUUACUGUUGGUGACUUGAAACAUGUGAAGUUCUUGUUAAACAACAAGCUUCCGCGUAGAAAACUGGAGGACAACAUUUCUACAUUGGAGGUCUUUCUGGAGAUGGAGCACAUGGACCUCAUCCGUGACACUAAUCUAGAUUUACUGGAGACCAUAAUUCAGUCAGUCUGUCCCAUGUUGAAUGAGAAGAUCAACCACUUUAAAGCACUGCAGUUAACUCACACCAGCCCUGGAGCUCAAGAAACAGGUCGACCAAGGUCUAUGUCGUGCCCUUUCAAACCAAACCAGGUCCCUCGAUCUUUAGAUCCUAAGAGGACUGCCUCAUUGGAAAGCCCAGGAGAAGAAUUCAAUUCAUUGACCGAGUCUACCAUGAAUACUUCCAACACCUCUAUUGAUUUGCCAAAUGGAUUUAAUGGUGGUGAUGAAUGUGAGGCCCUGUCACAUGGACUGAGUGGUUUGAACACUGAAACAAGCAGCUGUGCUUCGUUGGAAGGUCAAUUGAGGAUUGAUGUUUUGGAAAUGUUACCAGCUCAAGAAAACAACAAGGCCUCCUCUGAACAGCAGACCUUUCAGACUACAAACACAAACGUCGAGGUGUGUGAUGGUUUGGGAACAUAUCCCAUGACUUCAGCAAAGAGAGGUAUUUGCUUGAUAGUAAACAACUAUAACUUCACCAUACAAGCUCUCAGGAAGCGGGAGGGGACCAUGCAUGAUGAAGAGUGUCUGCACAAAGUGUUUACGUGGCUUGGCUUUGAGGUUGAGAUAAAGAGGGACUGUAAGAGGGAGCAGAUGCUGUCUGUGUUGCGGGAGCUCGGCAGCAGACCAAUCCACAGUCAGAUGGACUGUCUGGUAUGCUGCAUUCUCAGCCACGGCAUUGAGGGAGCUGUGUACGGUGUGGAAGGCCGCACUGUAAAGAUAAAGGAGCUGAUGGAACCUGUCAAUGGAUUCAAAUGCCCCUCUUUGGCAGAAAAACCCAAGCUGUUUUUCAUCCAGGCCUGCCAGGGCAACAGUGAGCAGAGGCCUGUCUACAUUGAGUCUGAUGGUCAUCCUGUUUUCAGUGACGCUAUUCAAGCUAACGAGUCCAUCCCAUCUGAUGCCGAUUUUCUGCUGGGAAUGGCCACCGUACCUUCUUUCGUCUCUUUCAGAGAGAGAAAAAAUGGCACGUGGUUUAUUCAGUCAUUGUGCCAAAACCUUGUCCAGAUGGUGCCAAGGGGUUCUGACCUUGUGUCGAUCCUGACAAAAGUGAAUGCAGAUGUUAGCCAGAAGACUGAUUGCACCGGUGUAAAAAAGCAGAUGCCUCAACCAGCCUUCUCACUCAGGAAGAAAGUGAUCUUUCCGAUCCCCCAAGCCUCUCCACCAAGCCUGUCACACUGACGACAAUAAUCUGCCGCCUGUUUGAUCGACUCCCUCAUCAGAUGAUCCCUGAGACACAAGUGUUUUUGUCUUACGUUCCCUUUUUACGGUUUUAAAUCUGCUGGAUACAUUGUUAUAAAGCAGGGGUGGGGAACCAUUUUGACAUCAAGGGCCAUGUCAGUUUUUAUAACUUGUUUCGCGGGCCGCACUUUGUUUUUUUGCCGCAGAGCUGAGCACACACAGACACUUUUUUUACCUAGGGGUAAGACCACAACAAAAGAGGGAGUCGAGAGGUUGGAUUUGAACUAAAAUGUGGAUUUAUUAACCAAACAGUGUGAGAUGAGACCAAGUCAGUCGUCAGUAGUGCAUGGAUGUUGUAUGUUUGCAAUGUGUCUGAGUGCUGUGUGCGCGUUGCGUCACUCCCACAGCUGAAGCUGAUCAGCGCCCAUCAGGGAAGGUGUUAAAUGGCUGUGCCGAGCGAGUAACAGGAGAUGGGGCUUCAGUGGAGGCCUGUGUGAGCCAGAGAGCCAGACAACCAGAGCAAGUGUGUGCGGACCUGAGGAAGCCUGACCAGAACCGGUGCCCAGUGGCGUUGUUCAUGGCAGUUUCAAUCGUCUUCCUUAUGAAGAUCGUUUUGUGUUUAUUUAAUGAGUUGGUUUAAUAAAUCCUUUAAGUUAACUUGGA